AUGGAAAGGUCACGGUGGCCGAUCUUUUGGCUGCCAAUACUUAUGGCGGCGUCGGUCUGCGGCAGUGAUAUCCUCAUGAUAACUAUGGGCGGUACGAAAUCACAUAAAAUGCCGUUUUGGGAACUCGCCAGAGGAAUGAUUCGAAGAGGUCAUAACAUUACAUUAAUGAGUGCAUUUCCACCUGACUUUCACAUACCUGGCUUAGAGGAGAUCGCGCCGGAGGGAUUGGCUUCAUAUGUCCGCGGCUAUAUGACAUUCGACUUGGUCGGCGCUCGGAUGAGAGGAGAAGAACCUCUUCCUUUAUAUGACAUUCUCCGAUAUGGAUACGAGGCAUGUGACGAGUUCCUCAAUGACUUCGAGACAAGAUCCUUCCUUCGAUCUGGAAGAACCUAUGAUCUUAUCAUACUUGAUGGAGCAUACCCUGAGUGCGCAUUGGGAGUGGUUUAUCGACUGAAAGUACCUUUCAUGUACAUCAACACUGUUGGCUUCUAUUCUGGACCAGCGAGUAUGUCCGGAAGCCCAGCUCCUUACUCCGUCACGCCAUUUUUUGGAAGAGCAUUCACGGAUAACAUGGGUUUUGUAGACAGGGCUUUGAAUGCAGCCUGGCACAUAGGAUCCUUGGCGGCACAUCGGUUCAGUAUGACCAUACUUCAAGGCGUCUUACGAAAACACUUUGGACAACAGAUCCCCCAUGUUUAUGAUAUGGCCAAGAACGUGAGCUUUAUUCUUCAGAAUGGACAUUACUCUGUGUCUUAUCCUCGUCCAUACUUACCAAAUGUUGCUGAAGUCGCUUGUAUCCAUUGUAAGGAACCGAAGAGAUUGAAUGCCGCCAUUGAAGAAUGGAUCGCCGGUGCAGGCGACGCUGGGUUUGUCUACGUUUCUAUGGGAUCUUCUGUGAGGACCAACAAAAUGCCACUUGCCGCUCAUCAUAUGAUCGUCAAAGCUUUAGGUCGCUUACCGCAGAGAGUUCUCUGGAAACAGGACGCGGAGCAAAACCUAACGGACAUUCCAUCUAAUGUGAGACUUUACAAAUGGCUGCCGCAACAAGAUUUACUUGGUCACCCUAAGAUAAAAGCUUUCGUGACCCAUGGUGGUCUGCUAAGUAUGUUCGAGACGGUCUACCAUGGAGUGCCAAUUGUGUCAAUCCCAGUCUUCUGCGAUCAUGAAGCCAAUGCCGCUAAAGCCGAGGUCGAUGGUUACGCGAAAAUUCUCGAUCUGCAGCAUUUGACCUCUGAUAAACUAUACAGAGCAAUAAAAGAAGUUAUUGAUGAGCCUAAAUAUAAAAUAGAAGUGAAAAAGAGGCAGAUAUUGUUGAGGGAUCAGAAGGAGACGCCUCUGGAGAGGGCAAUAUAUUGGACCGAGUACGUCAUCAGACACAAAGGGGCGUAUCAUUUACUGUCACCAGCGAAAGAUUUGAACUUCCUCCAGUACUACUUAUUAGAUGUUGCGUUCGUAUUUUUUGUGAUAUUAAUAACAAUUUCAGUCCUUAUUUCCUACGUGAUAAGGCGCAGUUUUAAGCGGCUAGUUGAUUAUGUACAAAGCUGGCGCAUGAAGAAGCUGAUCGCUAAAUCGAACGACCUGUUGAAAAACUCGAAAAAGUUUAUCGACCCCACUUCAAUAGCUAAGAAAAAUCUGUAG